AUGACAAGUAAACAACGAUCAAACUCUCUUUCCUCUGCUACUAUUUCUGAUGCAAGUGAGGAAACGGUCACUGGCCCAAAGGCGCUUGACCAGGGGGAGUUAGAGGAACGGUAUAAAGAUAUUUUUGGCGGUAGUGAGGAAAGUGAUCUUUCGGAUUUAGGAGAUUUGGAAGAUUUAAGUAGUGACGAGGAUGAUUCAAAACAAAAAGUUAAAAAAGCUAGAAUUCAACAGUCUCCAGUAAAACAAAAACCGAAAAGACCGGACGAAGAUGACAAAGAUAAAGACUAUGUUGACGAGGCAGAAUUCAGAAAAACCGCAGCUGCGACGAAAUCUAAGGGGAAAAAAAAGAGAUCUGGUCAUGUUGAGAUAUCGGAUAAAUAUGUUGUGGAUUCGGACGAGGAAGAUAAUGAGAAAGGAAAAGAGGCGGAAAUUGAAGAAAGGAGAAAAUCAAAAUCAGCACCAAAAAAGAGUAAACGUAAAAAGUCAGAAGGAAAAGAUGAUGAAGAUAGUAAAGAGUUGACUCCUCUUGAAGCUAUCAGAAAGCAGGUUGACAAACACUUUGAUGAAAUUUUAAAGAGUAAUUCACCACGAAAGAGAAAACGAAAGAAUGAUAUUGAACUUGAUCAAUACAAUGACGAUCUAGCUGCUAAUUUAUACAUUAAAAUGAUCCAAGCAGCUGACAAAGAUAUCGAAUAUAACAGACUUAACAGGUCAUCCUUUGCUAAAUCAGAUUACUUUCCGGAAGCUUAUGCGAUUCUCACAAAGGCUAAUAUGACAGAAACAUUACUAGAACAUAAUAUUCUUGAAGCGGUUCGUGCUUGGCUUGAACCUUUACCUGAUG